AUGGUGCCGCCUGGGUUGGAGCUGCGACACACCCUCCGCUUGGCCUCCUGCCCCCUCCCUGUCCGGCUGCAGGUGCCUGGGGCAGCGCGGGGCCCGGAGGACAGGGCGAGGCGUCAAGGGGAUUUGGGGUUCUCCAGGCUGCCGUGGAUCACUUCCCGGGGGAUUCCCGACCUCCAAGGAGCACUUGUCCCUUCUCACUGCCCUUCCCGCGGCCUAGCUGCUGCUACAACCUCCCCAACCCCAGGCCUGGCCCCCCGACCCCAGGUGUGGCCCCCCCGACCCCAGGCCGGCCCUCCCCACGUGCCUCCCCACUGGGCCUCCACCUCCCAGGCAGCAGGGACCCCUCCUGGGCACUACCCCUGGGUCCCUGGUGGUCCCAGCCCCUCCUCUGCUCAGAAGUUACCGCAGGGGUCCCCUCCCCCCACGCCACCAGCCCCAGUGGCUGCCCGGGCGCCCCGUACCCUGGGAGCUGACGGCCUGUCCUCCGUCCCCGCCUGCCCCUCAGGCCUAGCUGGUGUGGGCAUCCGCACCUUCUUGAAGCUGGGAUCUGUGCCCCCGCACGGCCCGCAGCGCAGCCCCUCCCCGAGCAGCCCUGUGCUCCCCAUGGUGGGAAGGCCACUCCUGCCGUGGACCCCCGCCCGGGCACAGGGCUGCAGCGUGCUGGGCAGGGCGCGUGACCUCGGGCCGGGCGGGCGGGAGGACGGGGAGGUGCCCGGCCCCCGCACUGCUCUCCCUGAGGACUCGCUCGGCCCGAGAGGCAGACGCAGCCCCCGUUUCCCUCUCGUCUCUCUUGGAGCUUCGGCCCCUUGGUCACACCCCCUGCCUGUGCCCAGUGAGGCCAUGUCGGGGACGGGGGCUUGA